CGGCCUGCUCGGACCUGCCAGACCGGUGGCCGCAUGGCUUCGGCCUCCGCUGCGGCGCUAUCGGGCCGGGGGGCCCAGAACCUGCUGCAGUUCCUGCGGCUGGUAGGGCAGCUCAAGAGAGUCCCAAGGACUGGCUGGGUAUACAGAAAUGUUCAGAGUCCAGAGAGCGUAUCAGAUCACAUGUACAGAAUGGCAAUUAUGGCUCUGGUGACCAAGGAUGAGCAUCUUAACAAAGACCGAUGUAUUCGUCUAGCCCUGGUUCACGAUAUGGCAGAAUGCAUCGUUGGGGACAUAGCACCAGCAGAUAACAUCCCCAAAGAAGAAAAACAUAGGCGAGAAGAGGAAGCUAUGAAGCAGCUAACACAGCUCCUCCCAGAAGAUCUCAGGAAGGAACUUUAUGGGCUUUGGGAAGAGUAUGAGACCCAGUCUAGUGCAGAAGCCAAAUUUGUGAAGCAGCUGGACCAGUGUGAGAUGAUUCUUCAGGCAUCCGAGUAUGAAGACCUUGAGAACACACCGGGGAGGCUGCAGGACUUCUAUGAUUCCACAGCAGGUACUCGGUGCUCUUUUCAGAAAAUUCAGUCACCCGGAGAUAGUCCAACUUGUCUCUGAACUUGAGGCAGAAAGAAACGCUAACAUAGCUGCCGCCACCAGUGAGCCCCGCUCCUGAUAUGCUCUCUGGGUUGCUGCACUCCUGUGACAGACACUGUGUUUUUCCCUUUCAUGGUGUUGUUUGGCCACUGUUGCUUUGUUGAUUCCCCAGAUGCAAGUCUGUUUAUUUUCCGUUGCCUGGACUCCAGUAAGAAACCUGAUACAAUCUGGAUAAUAAAAGGAGCUACAGAACAGGAUGUGGUCCUGAAAAUGCCAUGGAUGAAGCCUGAGGGUAGUGGGGGGAGUUUUUUCAUGAACUAACUAAAUAAAUUUUUAAAACCUUAAA